AUGAGUGGCAGAAUACACGGGUUCCUAGGCGGGGUGUUGCUCACCUCCUCGUUAACUUACCUCACGGCGUUGGAAUUCAGAAAGAACAGAGACAUUGUCUCGCAAUCGUUGAUCACCUCAAAAGACAUCAUCGAAAACAGACACAAUAGAGACACCACUUACGUGCCUGGCACCAAUUCCAUCAACUACAAUGACAGAUCCAAUAUCAGAGAAUCGUUCGCCGAUAUCUGGAAUAGCGAAAUCAUCAAGGGUGUCAAUUGGGUCUACAGCAUCAACUGGCUAGCAGCCGGCGAGAAGGUCGAGCGUGGGUUGAGAAAAUUGGUAGAAUCCAAAUAA